UGAAGAGCUUCACGAAUGUCUUCGUACCUCCUGAAGCACUCAUAGUAGCUGAAAUUUCCUUCUAGUGGAGAAGGCAAGGAGGAAAGAUGAGAGGAUUGCUAUACUCAAUUAUCAGGGACGCGUACGUCAAAUGCUGUACCAUAUGUUUGGAUUUUCAUUGGCAGGGAACAUAAAGCUUUGUGAUGGAUGUCAACAGUCUGAAGUUGUGGUUGACGAGCUAACGCCAAGUCCCCCGCUGAUGAAAUGAUUGCGGGGUACAGCUGAAUUUUGAAAUAGCCUUCGGCUCGGUCCGGUUGUGAUCUAUAGCCGGAAAAUGAUCACGAGUGCCCGUGUUUUCUGUACUUUCACCCAAGUGCACGUCUUUGUUCCCAACCCCCACUCAGACUAUUCCCCUUUCAUUUCAAGGGAACAGAAUGCUAGCUCAUCUCUCCAUCAGCGCAAAACAAGUGCUAGAACUGUCUUCCCGGCUGACAGGGGACCGUGACGAUGAAGAUCAGCGCCUGGUCAUAAACCUCGAGGUUCUACUACAGGACCUGGCUUUGCAUGUUCCGGAUGUGUGGGGACGCGUAGCAGCACUUUAUGGGGAGUCUGUACAUCCUGCGUGCUGUAGCCUUCGAACCAUGCUUGGCCACGACGUUGAGCAAAUGGAAAAGCUCUUCCUUGAUUUCGAGACGGCUCUGGAUAACGAUGAUGAUGCUGAUUUCCAACAUUUCAAGGCUUCUGAUUCGGAUUCUCCGUGUCCCAUGAACCUAGCACCAGACAUUUGCUGCGACUUUUCUAAUGAUGCAUCCACGUCUCGGAACCAGUGGCGACGGUCCCAUUGGCCUUCGCCACAUAACUUUCAAGUUCCCCAAAUCGUCCUAACCACAUGUCCUUCACAACCUCCCGAGACUUUGUGCCGUGUCCCGAUACAAGACAGCGCCUACAACCAACGCCUCACGGUUCCCACGCACACCACAGUCAACAGUGUCUUUCCUCCAAUGCGUGCGCGAUCUCCUCCUGUAAAGACAAUAAAAGAUUGGAUAUGGCGAGACGGGCAUUGGCAAGCGAUUCUUCCUGACUUGGACGAGCAGACUAGGAGAGGGAUCUUUUCGCGUCCGUCGUCGAACAUUAAACGGAGGGCGUCGCGAUGCCGGAUGUGCUGUUCUGUCACACGUUAUCCGAGGGUUCCUGCGUAUUACUAGGAAGAUGUAAUAAGUAGUUGUCCUACCGCAAAAAUUUGCUGUGUUCUCGCCGUGCGGAGCCAAAGUAUCCAGUUCUGGGCUAGGUGUGGCAACCAAUCAGCUGCUCCUUAAGGAGACACGUCUGACACGUGGGUGAAUUACAUCACAGU